AUGACGUGGCACAGGUUCAUUCUCUCGACCUCUGCGUUGUCCCUUCGUGGUACGGUAACGCAACCAGCUUUACUUAUCAACCUUGUGACUCCUUCCUCGCUGGCAUUCCUGUCAUGGGACAUAUCAUCUCCCCACAAAGAACUUCAGAAGACACGCAUAUUUUUGGCAGACAGCCUAUCUGAGGAGCUACUUCCAGUACAUAUAUCGCAACCCCAUAUCCUUCAAAGAGAAAAUCAAGGUAUAGGAGGUGACGCUUCAUACGAGGCAAAGGCUCGCGUCUUACGAGAACAGCUUGAAGCCAAGAUUCCAGCGAGCCUCAAACUUCCCCCAGCAAUUCUCGAGGACCCACCUCUUGAUAUCACUCACAUCCCUGAGAUAUGUGGCUUACUCAAUGCCCAAGAGUUGGCUAUCACCGAACUAGAUGCAACUGCUGUAUGCCAAAAGAUUGCUGCAGGCGAACUGACAGCAGUCGAGGCUGUUACUGCCUUUGGAAAGCGCGCAGCUAUCGCUCAUCAGCUCACAGCUUGUCUUGUGGACUUCUUUCUCGAUGAAGGUAUAAAACAAGCGAAGCAGCUGGAUGAGUACUUCCAAAAAGAAGGCAAGGUCAUUGGGCCAUUUCAUGGAUUACCAAUUUCAGUCAAAGGCCAUUACCCACUCAAGGGGGCAGUUGGGUGUGGAGGCUUUCUCGCAAAUGUGGAAACUUCAACGGAAGACUGCGAUAUGAUAAGCAUUCUGCGUUCAUUAGGUGCAGUCUUCUAUGUCAAGACGAAUCAGCCACAGUCUCUAAUGCACCUUGAGUCUAUGUCUACCUACGGUCGAGUGUUGAACCCCCACAAUACGAGCCUUACUCCAGGAGGAUCUUCCGGUGGCGAAUCGGCCCUUAUCGCCAUGAAGGGCUCUUGCAUUGGUCUUGGCACCGAUGGCGGGGGAUCCAUUCGAGGCCCGUCCGCCCACUGUGGUAUAUAUGGAAUCCGUCCAUCCUCUCGGACAACGCCCACCCAUGGACUUUUGUGGUAUCAACAUGGCCAGGACGGAGUCUUUUCUUCUACAGGCCCGAUGUGUCGUUCAGGACGAGACAUGCGACUCUUCCUCGAAGCUGUCCUUGGGGCCAACCCUGCACUUCGGGACCCAAAUGUUUUGCCCAUUCCACUGAAAGUGCCAGAUCUGACCCAGAAGAAACUGCGUGUAGGAAUCAUGAUGCAUGAUGGGGUCGUGAUGCCUCAUCCUCCAACUAUCCGAGCACUGAAUUUGGUGAAAUCAAAGCUUGAGGCAUCGUCAGAGGUUGAGGUGGUAGACUACAUUCCGUACGACCACGAUCGUGGAUACAGCAUAAUUCGCGAGCUCUACUAUGAGGAUGGAGGAGCUACAGUCCGACGUCUUCUAGAGGAGGGUGGAGAGGAUAUGCAUUCGCUGACAGAAUGGGUAAUCAGUCCACCAUACGUGAGGAAUCAUGAUGCCGCGGAAGUCUGGAAGCUACGUGAUCGACGUGAUAUCUACCAGCGGGAGUACUCUGAUCACUGGUGGUCCCAAAACGUCGAUGUCGUCGUAUGCCCACCCUUCCAAGGUACAGCCAGCCGCCACGACACUGCAAAAUACUGGGGCUACACGGCCAUCUGGAAUUUGUUAGACUACCCAGGGGCAGUCUUCCCGACGGGUCUCGUCGCUGACCCAGCCGUUGACGUAUAUCAGGAGUCACCUAGCCCGAUGAGUGCAGCGGAUGAGUACAACAUCUCCUUGUAUGAUGCAGCGAUAUUCAAAGGGGCCCCGGUGUCGCUGCAGACCGUGAGCCGAAGAUUCAACGACGGUUUGGUGCUGGCUGCACAGGAUGUAAUUGAACGCAUCCUCAAGUCUUAGGGGUGUCUCCUUUAUUACACUGAAAGCACCAUGCGAGUCUUUGGAUCCUGUAUGUAUUAGUAUCGUUAAAGCGCUAAAGGUUGUACGAAGAGAAUUGUCUAUGUCAAACACAUCUUAUUCAACGGUGUUGCUCAGUCUCCUGCAGUGAUUGUGCCCAGAGCCAACCCAUAUCACAUUUAUACAGAUACUGGAGGAUACACGAGUCUUAUAACAUUUAUAAUUUCCAUGAUGCGGUAAAUACUAGCAUCUAUCUCUGACAUUACAGGACUG